AUGGAGAACCGAGAAAAUGAUGCCGAUGGAUUUGUUAGUGCGGCCGACUUCUUCCGGCAGCAGCACCCGCCGCCCGUCGCUUGUGGCGGCGGAAAGGAUGACCUCGUGCAGCGCAAGCCGCCGCGGGAGUCGCUCCUGGUGGUUGCCCGCAACUCCCAAGUCAAAAACAAGAUCAGCACCUUUGACAGGCAGCACCAGCACCAGCACGGUGGAAGCAGCGGCGCGCCGGCCUUCAGCCGCCCCGCAGCGCCGCCGCCCGGCCGGCCGGCCGGCGGCGCCGGCUUGAGGCCGGCAGCGGGGCCUCCACUGCCGCGGCGCACUGCUGCCGCGCCCGCUCUGGGCGCCAUCGCCGAAGAGGCGGCCAGCUUGGCAGCCGGGCGCGCUCCGCCGCGCCGCCAUGCAGCCGUGGUGAGCACCGUGACGGGCGCGCCGGCCCGGCGGCACGUCGCACUGGUGGGAACCAACACCCCCGCGCCGCCGCCGCCCGUGGCGCUGCCCUCGCCCGGCACCAAGCAGCAGGUGGCGGAGAAGCAGCACCAGGCCCGCUUCCCAAGCAUCAUGUUCCACCCGCCGCAGCCGGCGGCGCCAGCCCGUGCGCCGCUGCCAGGCGGCGUUGCCGUGCUGCCGCCAGGGCCGGCGCCUGCUGCGGUGCAGCAGCAGCAGCAGGCAUGGCAGGACGAGGUGACCCCGCAGCCGCGGCCGCUACCCGCGGUGCUGGCGCCGGUGCUCCGCUCCUCGCUGUCGCCCCCCCAGCGCCAGCCACAGUGGCAGCACGAGGAGGAGGCGGCUGUGCCGGCGCCAGCUGUCAAUGCUCCACUGGCGGCGGCAGCGGCCGUCCCGGCGGGGACAGAUUCGGAAGAGGAGCAUUUCGUUGAUGCCGACAGCGGCGGCGCGCCGUCGAAUGAGGGCAGCGGAGUGUGGGCCGAUGCCCGCGAGGCGGCGCUGCCCCACCCUGCCGCCGUCGGCAACGUGGUGAUCGAGGAUGAGGAGGGCGGCAGUGAUGCGGCCAGCGUGGCUUCUGAUGCCAGCACGGUUGUGCCUGAUCGCGAGCACGAUCAGAUGCUGGGCGAUGACGAGCAACAGGGUCGGCGCUGGGUGGAGGAGGCGGGGGACGAGCCAGCGGCCCUUCCCGACCCCGCGGCCGCCGCAGCCCCGGAGCCUGAACUCUGCGACUCGCCGCUGCUGGCAGGCGAGGCAGCGGGGCAGCAGGGAGCGGCGCCGCGGCUGGCAGCAGGGCCCACUGCCGCCAGCGACGUGUUUCAGUCGGCCUGCAGCCAGCUGCCUGCGCUGGAUGGCAGCCUGGAGGGCCCUCUGUUUGGGUGCCCACCGCCCCGUCGCACCAGCCUGUCUCCCGCGCUGUCGGGAGGCAGCCGCCGCAGCAGCCUGGCGGGUGCGCCGCUGGCUGGGGCUGGUGCGGCAGCUGGCGAGGUGGAGAGCCUGCGGGACAGCCUGACGAGCGGCAUCGCUCACGCAGCUGCCGAGGAGGCCGCCCUGGCAGCCGCGGUCGCAGCGGCGGCGUUUGGAGAGCAGCAGGAGCACCAGCAGCAGGCGCCGUCAUCGCCUCCUGCACCCAAGCCGGAGGCUCAGCCCGCGCGGAGCGCUUCCGUCGGCGUCCCUGCCACAGCAGCGGUGGCAGAUGCGGCGGCGGGGGAGGUGGUGGAGGGCGGCGGCGGCCUGGCGCCUCUGUCGGAGGCCAGCCGUGCCAGCGUGGCUUCAAAUUCCAGCGCCACUGCCGCCCCCUCCCUCAACAUUGAGUUCUCUGAGGCCAGCCUGCGUUACUCUGCGGAGCGCCUGUUCCAGGAGCAGCCGGCGGCGGCAGAGGCAGCGCUCCCCCCGGCCGCGGCCGCCACCCCGCAGCAGCUGCGGCUCAGCCUGCAGGGCGCUGCCAGCCCCGCCGCGCCGGCAAACACCCCCGCCUCCCCCAGACUGGGCGGUGCCGCGACUGGGGGCCUCCUGGCACCGGGGCGGCACAGCCUGCCGGUGGGUGCGUCUGCAGUGGCAGAGGCGAUUGAGCAGGCGGCUACUGCCUCUACUGACGGCGCCAGUGAGGCCGGCACUGAGGCGGUGGGCCGCAGGGCCAGCGCGGCUGCUGCGCAGCCGGCACCAGCGGAUGCUGAAGGCCGCAGGGUCAGCCUUGCAGAAGCGGCAGCCGCUUAUAGCCCUGCGGCGGCAUCCCCAGCGGUGGUGGCGGCGCCCAUGGUGGCACCUUCUCCCGUGCCGGCCACGCCCUAUGCCGCCACAGAGUACGAUGGCGAGGAUGUGGUGAUGAUGGAUAUUGACUUCACGCCGAGGCCUACCACAGGCCGCAGGGCGCUUCCCGGCAGCAGCCGCUUCCAGCUCGAGGCCCACACUUCUGCCAGCCACACCCAGGCAGGCGCCGGCCUGGCCCCCGCUGCCCCAGCAGAUGGGCGGGCACCCACCCCGGCCGCAGCGCGGCAGCCCAGCUUGCCGUCCCCGAGCAUGGCAGAGGAAAAUGAGGCAGUGGCAGAGCUACAGGAGCAGGCCCCUGCUGCCGUGGAGGCAGCACCGUCAGCAGAGGAGGCGGAGCAGCCUGGAGCUGCAGUGCAACAGGACAUAGCCCCAGCAGAGGAAGAGCCGGUGCAGCCAGCAGCAGAGCAAGGGAGCAACAGCGGCGACACGGCUCCCAUCCUUCCGCAGCUGCCUGUGCAUGACGCGGCGGCGCGGAGGGGGCGCGCCGGGCGCCUCAGCAUGCCAGCCAAUUGGCAGGCAGCUGGCGGCGCGGACCGCGGAAGCAGGGCCAGCCGCCUCAGCCUGCCGUCUGGAAUGGUGGGCGGCGAGGAAGCGCUCGCCUUUGCACCCCGGCCCAAGCUGGCAUCCUCGCCGCUGCAUGGUGCGGCACCUGCGGCAGAGCCGGCACCGCAGCCUGAAACCCAGGAAGCCACGCAGCAGGCUGAGGCGCAGCAGCAGCAGGCUGCGCAGCAGGAGCAGGCUGCGCAGGAGGAGCAGGCGGCUGGCCAGCUGGCGGCAGCUGCUGAGAAGGAGGCUGAUGGGGGUGCCGACGUGGAGCCGCCGCAGUUUGCCGGGCGGGCCCGACUGGCAGCCGAAGAUGCCGAGCUCCCGGCCGACAUUGGGGCAAUCGCUGCUGAGGAGCAGCCCGUGGCAUUUCAGACAGCUUUGGCAGCGGAGCAGCCGCCCACCGCUGCAGAUGCGCAGGCGCCUGCCGCUGGCGCCGCCGCUGAGCAGGCGGCGGCGCCGAGCGUCGGCCAGCAGCCAGCAGAGGCAGCUGAGCUGGGCUUGGCGGGUGGAAAGGAGGAGGAGGAGGAGGCGCUGGCGGCGGCAGCCUUUGCAGCCAAGCCCAAGCUGGCCAUGUCGCCAGCGCUGUCCUCGGGGCCGGCCCAGAGCGUGCGCAGCAGCUUGUCGGGUGCACCCCGCAGCCGCCGUGCCUCUGAUGCCAGCAGCGGCGCGUGCGGCAGCCUCCCUGGGGCAGCCGACGACAGGCGCGGCAGCCACCUGGCAGCAGCUGUACCAGAUCUGGCCGUUGCCGCUGUCUUUGCUGCCCGUCCAGUGUCGGCCAUAUCGCCGGCUGGUUCCAGCGGGAGCGUGGGCCGCUCCCCUGCGGCAGCCGAGGAGGAGCAGCGGCAGCAGGAGGAGCAGGGGGAGCAGCAGCAGGGGGCGGAUACGGCGGUACAGGAUCGAGCAGGACAGCCAGCCGGGCGCCUCCCCUCCCCUGCUAUGUCCUCCAACCCUCUGGCAGGCGCAGGCGACACCCCCGCUGCUGCAAGCAGCCAGCGGGUCGGCCACUCCCCGGCCCCCAGCGGGCUGUCGGCGGGCGCUCUCAGCAACAACCCAAUGUACGCGGGCACCCCCUCCCACCCCACCCCUCCAUCUGUCAACCUCAAGAGCUUCUCCGGCCGUGCCAGCAUGGGAGCCAGCGGCGGCAGCACCCCGGCCUCUGUGGGCAUGCAGCUGGCUGAGCAGAUGCACCAAGUGGCGGAGCAGCUGCAGGUCCCCGCGGCUCCCGCGGGGCUGGCGGCGCUGGCCACACCCGGCGCUGCCCGGCUGGCCGCCGCGGCCGGCACCCCUGCCACUGGGCGCUUCCAGUUUGCCGCUGAUGUGGAGGCCAUGAUUCAGGCCCUGGAUGCCCGCACCCCAGCCACCGCGCUGGGCCAGCAGCCCGCGCUGGGGCGGUCGGCGGCUGGGGCGACGACCGUGCGGCGCGCCGGGGGCGCCCGCCUGCCGCGCCUGUCCUUUGCCGCGGGCCCCGCCACGCUUCUGGACCUGGAUAGCUACGAUGCCAACGGGGAGCGCAGCACCCAGGAAGGCCCCACACCGCUCCUGCGGCACCACCUGCUGGGACUCACGCCUCCAGCAGCCGCGGCCGCCGGCACCAGCGGAGGGCCGCGGGGCGCGGGCGCUGCCGGUGCAGCCGUCACCCCGGCUGAGGUCAGGGCUCUGCGGGAGGAGGUGGCAUCGCUUCGGCUACAGCUGUCUGAGUCGAACGCGCAGCGCGAGGAGGUUGUGGGGCUGCUGGGCGGCUACCAGAGCAGCAUCCGCGAGCUGCAGGACCAGCACUCGGCCAUGGUGGUGCGGCUGCAGGGCGAGGCGGCGGCGCUCAAGGCAGAGAGGGACGACCUGCGGCGGGCGCAUGCCGGCGUGGACUCCCAGUUCCGCACGCUGUACGGCGACAAGUAUGUGCCGCUCAAGGCGGAGGCUGCGGGGCUGCGGGAUGAGGUGGCGGCGCUGCAGAAGCGGGUGGUCGCUGAGGAGCUGCGGGCGCACAAGGCUGCCAGAGAGGCGGCCGCCACGCGGCAGGACCUGGCGGCGGCUGUGGAGCGGGCUGAGCGGUACAAGGCCGGCAUGCUGGAGCAGCAGGGCGAGGCGGCGGCGGCGCGCGAGGCGGAGCAGCGCCUGCAGCAGCAGCUGGCGGGCGAGCAGCGGCGCACCGAAAAGGCGGUGGCAGCAAAGGAGGCAGAGCUGGGCGAGCUGCGGGCGAGGUACGAGGGUGUGACCAAGCAGUACGAUGAGGCGGUGCAUCGCAUCAACCUAGCCAAGCAGGCCCGCGAGCGAGCUCAGUCUGAGGUGCAGCGCAAGGAGGAGGAGGUGGUGGCGCUGGAGGUGCGGCUCAAGGAGUAUGAGGGGGCACUGCGGGAGUACAAGCGUGAGAAUGGAAAGUUCUUCGAGAUGAAGGAGCGGUACAAGACAACCAUCGCUGGGCUGGAGAAGGACGUGCAGGCCAAGGAGAAGGACAAGCAGCAGCUGCUGGAGAUGUGCAACGAGCUGGUCACGCGCCUUGAGCGGGAGGGGCUGUCAGUCUGA